GUGUAUAUUACAACCCUAAAUUUUCACCUCCGCUUCAUCCAUCUCUCCAAGUAAAGAAAGCCGUCUCUGCCUUGGCAUCUUCACUUCCCAAGCUUUCUGUGUAAUAGAAAAGUGAAAGGAGAAAAUGGCAGCAGCUUAUGGAGCUAUGAAGGCGCAAAAGCCGGGUUUGGAGGAGACUCAGGAGCAGAUUCACAAGAUCAGGAUCACUCUUUCCUCCAAGGAUGUCAAAAACCUUGAGAAAGUUUGCACUGACUUGGUCCGUGGUGCCAAGGAUAAGAGACUGAGGGUUAAGGGUCCAGUGAGAAUCCCUACCAAGGUUCUUAACAUUACCACCAGGAAAUCCCCUUGUGGUGAAGGAACCAACACAUGGGACAGAUUCGAGCUUCGGGUCCACAAGCGUGUUAUUGAUCUCUUCAGUUCUGCCGAUGUUGUCAAGCAGAUCACCUCUAUUACAAUUGAACCUGGUGUUGAGGUUGAAGUUACCAUUGCAGAUUAGAGAGAUGCUAUUUACUUCUUUUGGACUGUUUUAUUUAUUUUACUAGAACACUUCAGGAUCUUUUUGAUUGGAAGAUGUUGAUCAGCCUUGUGACUGAAAAGAAUUCAAUGUAGCAUGUUCAUUCCCCAUUCCAUCUUAAAGAUUCGGUGAAGGAGAUUGAAUUUUGUUUCCUCUUUAUUUCAUUAUGAAUUGUUAUGAUUUCAAAGUG